AUGGCCUUGGCAUCUCUGACCAGUCCGGUUUUCACCAUAGCUGGAAAUCCCAUGUUCGGCGCGCGAUUCUUGGGCCGACCAGUGAAAGAAAGUGAGGGCCUUUUUGGAAUUAACGGGCUCUUUGAGCUGGAGGAGUAUUUUUCGAACCGUAGGUGGCCUUGUUGCAGUGAAUCGACGACGGAGGUGAUGAUGGGGUCGUCGUUGGCGGUGGUGGUUUGCGCCGGCCGUGUUGAGGUGGCGAUUGGGGAGAAGAAUGAGAAGGGAUUCUGGAUUGGAUUCGACCGGCGGAGGGUAAUUGCCCGGAGUAGAUUAGGCAUUUUUGGUUUUUCAUCGGCGUCUCCGCCGCCACGGCGGUCACUCACUCGGGUGCAAAUUAAGUGA